UUCCGCCUUUUACUUUUCCUGCAGCUCUCUCUCCCUCUCUCUCUCGCUCCCUCUCUCUCUCUCUCUGUCCCAGCUCAGGACUUCCCAGUGACUUUGCAGGACCGCACUUAGCACACAACAAGUCCCAAGUUUCGGAGUGCACGAGCGAGGGAGCAAAAGUUUGGAGUUUCUUCCAACAAAAACGCGUGAGAAAAGGAUCCGUUUUCGUACCUGUUGAUGAAGUCCCACCGGGCGUGGGGCGAAGAGGAGCAGCAGCAGUCCGGGUUUCUUCACAGAGGAAGAAAAAGUCUGAAAAAAGGUGCACCACUCCAGUGAAGGACCUCGGGUUUUUUUUCCCUUUCUCCCCAGCAAUCUGCAGCCUGUGCUGGGUUGGUGGAAAAUGGGCACUCCGACCACUUCGAUCUGUGGACUUAUCCUCUGUUUGAUCCUGUCAUGCCAGCUCGUUACUGUAACUCAGGCCUCCAAGGUGUGGGGAGAGGUCCCUCUGCCAGAGGACUUGGAGGCGGAGAAAGAUGUCAAGGCAGGUCGGAGCUUACUGGACGACGAUGAGGACUUCGCUGCUGACGCUUCAGGAGAUCUUCCCAGUGGAGAGGACGAUGGCAGCACACCGUGGCCUCCAGUCACUGAGAGCACAACACACUCGUUGGACUCUUCAUAUCUGGGGAACAUACAGAGCCCCCACGAACCAAACUACAUUUAUUACAGAGCUCUCGUCAACUUCACCGACUCCCUGGUCUACGGCCCCGAGCUUGAGGACAUCUUCUCUCCUGCUUUUAAUGAGAUCUCUGAAGCAGUGGUGGACACGCUGGAGUCGGAGUACAACAGGAUUCCAGGUGUCCAGACAGUCAGCGUUGUCCUCAUUAAGAAGAUGAUCAGAGAGGAUGGCGUGGAUGUAUUUGUGGAGUUGGACGUGGGGUCAGACUACAAUAACAACGAUGAGCAGAUCCGCAGCGUGCUGUACAACGUGGUCAAGGAGGGAGCCAUCGCUUCCUACAUCACAUCAGUUCAGGGCUUUCAGUUCAGACGGCUUGGGGAAGCUCAACCUCUACCUCCCGUGGAGCCUAUAGCAGUGCCAGUAACCCCGAGCAUCAGACCAUGCAUGCCAGAUGAGCACAGGUGUGGGGAUGGGACUUGUAUCCUGAUGGAGUACCUGUGUGACAACAGACCAGACUGCAGAGACAUGAGUGAUGAGAUCAAUUGUGAAACCAAACCAGUUCCUCCAGCCAUCACAACCCCACCAACAACCACCAUCAAGAAGCCCCCACGGCCCCCAAGCCCACCUGGACCCUGCAGAAUGGAUCAGGCCACGUGCCAGAGUGGAGAGUGUAUCCCUCGAGACUACAUCUGCGAUGGGGAGAGGGACUGCGCGGAUGGAAGCGACGAGUUCAGAUGUGGUACUCCGUCUCCCUGUGAACCCAACGAGUUCAAGUGUAAGAAUGGUCGCUGCGCCCUCAAGCUGUGGCGUUGUGAUGGAGACAACGACUGUGAGGACAACUCAGAUGAAACAGAUUGUCCUACCAAAGGUCCAGGUGACAGGUGCGCUCCUGAACAAUUCGAAUGCCUGAGCGAUCGCACCUGCAUCCCUGCCAGUUACCAGUGUGACGAGGAGCCGGACUGCCCUGACCGCUCCGACGAGUACGGCUGCACCCCUCCCUCUGUGACAAGCCCACCAGAGGAGUCUGUUCAGGCAGCAAGGGGAGCCACGGUGACGUUUACCUGUCAGGCUGUGGGAGUGCCAACACCCAUCAUCACCUGGAGACUCAACUGGGGACACAUUCCUGUCAGCAACAGGAUAUCCAUGAGUAGCGAGAACGGCCGUGGCACUCUGACCAUUCGUGACGUGAAGGAGGCCGAUCAGGGGGCGUACACCUGUGAGGCCAUCAACGCUAAGGGCCUGGUGUUUGGGAUCCCAGAUGGAGUGCUAACACUUACAUCAAACCCAAGGCCAGGUAACUGUCCCGAUGGCCACUUCAGCGUGGAGGGCCGCUGUGUCUCCUGCUUCUGUGCUGGAAUCACCAAGAACUGCAAGAGCACCGGCCGCUACCGCAACCAGAUCAGCCUGCGUUUCUCCGAGGAGGAAGAUUUCAAAGGAGUGAAUGUCACCUACCCCUCCAGGCCAGGCACACCUCCUCUCUCCUCCACUCAGCUUCUCAUCAACCCUGAGAUGGAGGAGUUCCAGCUUGUCGACUUGUCACGCCGCUUCCUCAACCUUGACUCCUUCUGGACUCUGCCUCGCCAGUUUCUUGGCAACAAGAUCGACUCAUAUGGAGGAACCCUGAAGUACAAGGUGCGGUACACUUUGGCCCGCGGUCUGUCUGAGGUUGUGGAGAAGCCUGAUGUGAUGCUGGUUGGAAAUGGACGAAGGCUCGUGUACCGCAGAGGAGGCACCACCCCGGCCCGAGUGGUCAACCAGAAGGAGAUCAAAUUCACUGAAGAUAACUGGCAGCACUCUAACGGCCGCCCUGUUAGCCGAGAAGAUCUGAUGAUGACCCUGGCGAACCUGGACAGCAUCAGCAUCCGCACCAUCUAUGAUAACCACAUGGUCAGCGUGGCGCUUAGUGACAUCGUCAUGUCUACCACCUCUGUGGAGUUCAGCACCAUGGGUCACGCCAAGGAUGUGGAAGAGUGCAGAUGUCCUGCUGGAUACUCAGGCCUGUCCUGUGAGAGAUGUACCCCUGGUUUUGAACGUGUACCUGGAGGCUCUUAUCUUGGCACCUGUGCUGGUUGUAACUGCAACGGACAUGCUAGCGCCUGUGAUCCAAUCAGCGGACACUGUCUGAGCUGCCAGCAUAACACAGAAGGCCCUCAGUGUGAUAAAUGUCGCCCAGGAUACUUUGGUGACCCUAGCCGAGGUCGCCCUGAUGACUGCAAGCCAUGCCCCUGCCCAUACUACGAGACCUCAAGGCGGUUUUCAGACACCUGCUUCGUGGAUGUAGAUCAGCAGCCAACAUGUGAUGCCUGCAGACCCGGCUACACAGGAAGACGCUGUGAAAAGUGUGCUCCUGGAUACCAGGGUAACCCCCUUCUGCCAAAUGGAAAAUGCGUUCCCAUCGGUCCAGGCGGCAAGUGUGAUAACAGAGGAACCAUCAGCUCCAAUAGCAGACCGUGCAGCUGCAAGAACAACGUGGCAGGCGCUCUGUGUGAUGAGUGUAAGCCCGGCUUCUUCCACCUCUCAGAGUCAAACCCUGAAGGCUGUCUGCGCUGUUUCUGCAUGGGCGUCACCAAACAGUGCUCCAGCUCCACUUGGAACAGAGAUCAGGUUCGAGGCGGGGUGAACGGGCAGCUUUUCUCCCUUGCCAACAGUGGCAGCACCGUCAUUAUCAAUGAAGGAAUCUCCCAGAGGGGCUCCUCUGAAGUGUUCUUCCGCUCAUUCUCCAAUUUCCCAAAUGACAUCUACUACUGGGUGCUGCCUGAGAGCUUCCGAGGAGAUAAGGUGACGGCUUAUGGCGGGGAGCUUCGCUACACUGUGCGCUUUGAACCAAAACAGCGCUCACUGGUGAUCGACGGUCAGCCGGACGUGGUUCUCCAGGGUAAUGGCAUCUUCCUGGAACACUACUCCAAAACCAAGCCUCUGCCAAGAGUCCCACAUACCAUUACUGUGACCUUCAGAGAGUCUGGAUGGCGUCGCGCUGAUGGGCAGCCAUGCACUCGUGAGCACCUUCUGAUGGCUCUGGCUGAUGUUACGCUCUUCAUGAUCAGGGCCACCUAUGCAGACAACAUGGCAGAAACCAGCAUCUCAGACAUCAAGAUGGACAUUGCUGUUCCCCACUCCACUGGUAAUGAGCGUGCCCUGGAGGUGGAGGAGUGUUCCUGCCCUCAGGGAUACAAAGGACCAUCUUGCCAGGAGUGUGAUGACGGUUACACUCGAAGCACCUCUGGCCUUUACCUGGGCACUUGUGAGAGGUGUGAUUGCAACGGUCAUGCCAGCAGCUGUGACCCUGAGACCGGCAAGUGUCUGCAAUGUCUUCAUAACACGGCUGGGGCAAAGUGUGAGCGCUGUCAGCCUGGUUAUUAUGGAAACCCUGUGAAGGAUGGUGCUCAGGCCUGCCAGCCCUGCCCAUGUCCUGGAACCUCUUCCAGCAACCAAUUCUCCCCGACCUGUUACCUGGAAGCAGACGGUCAGCCCACCUGUGAUAGUUGCCCCGUUGGAUACACUGGCCGCCGCUGUGAAAGAUGUGCCCCAGGAUACACCGGCAACCCCAUGCUUGGACAGAGAUGCACCGUUGGCAACAAUGAAGUCAAUGGUAAUUGUUACAGCUGUGACCAAAGAGGAAGUGAAGGCUGCAGUGGGCCUGUCUGCCGCUGCAAGAUGAACGUUGAAGGCCCAACUUGCUCCAACUGUAAGCCUGGAACCUUCCAUCUCAGCCCACAAAACAAAGAUGGCUGCCUCUCCUGUUUCUGUAUGGGUGUGACACAGCAGUGCUCCAGCUCUACCUACUACAGAGACCUGGUGUCUUCAGUCUUUUCUCCAGGAAACUUCCAGGGAUUCGCUCUGGUGAACCGUCAGCGCACCAAUCGUAUCUCCACUGGUUUCACUGUGGAGGUUUCCACUGAGGGAACACAGCUGUCCUACAGCAACUUUGACUACAUUGGACAGGAGCCUCAUUACUGGCAGCUUCCAGGCAUCUACCAGGGAGACAAGAAAGAUCCUCUCUCUUCUCGUUUCAAACGAGCAGAGCAGAGUGGCUCCACCUCGCCAGAGGAGCAGCUAAGGAAGGAUGCUUCAGUAUGGAACCUCAUGGCCUCCGAACGUAAAGACACCCACAGAUCCAAAAGAGCUAGCCAGGGUGAUGUCAAGAAACUGGACGAUGAGGUCUGGGCUCUCCUCUCUAACUUCUCCAACGGGCGACCUGGCUCUCCUCCCUUCUUUCCCCCCUUCUCCAAAUCUUCAUCUUUCUCUUCCUCCUCUUCUCGUUCUGCUCGGGACCCAACUCCCUCAUCCCCGUCUUCGUCCUCUCGGUGGUCUUUGCGUAGCCUCAGCCCCCCUUCCCCUCUGUCUGGUGUGUCUGCUUCGGUUAGACCAACUAGACCCCAGCCCUAUUCCCCAGGCUAUGCUCCUCGUCUGCAGAGCAAGAACACAGUGAGCAAGACUUAUAGUGCUUCUGGGGAUGGCAGCAAGUAUGCUCUGGUCUACAAAGGUUUCAGCUUGCACCAGGAUGAUCUGCUCUACUGGCAGCUCCCAGCGCAGUUCACAGGGGAUAAGGUGGGGUCUUACGGCGGGAAGCUUAAAUACACCAUCUCCUACGUGGCUGGUUCAAGAGGAACGACACUGGACGAUGGUGACGUCCAGAUUAUUGGCAAUGACAUCACUCUGGUCGCCCGUCAGCCCUGGCAGAGGAGGCAGCAGGGCGGCAGAGAGACGCGUCAGUUUGAGGUCGUCUUCAAAGAGGAAAACUGGCGUCGUCUUGAUGGCAUGCCCGCCACCCGGGAGCACCUGAUGAUGGUCUUGGCUGAUCUGGAUGACAUCCUGAUCAGAGCAUCCUACUCCACUGAGAUGAGGUCCUCCAGUAUUUAUGACAUCAGCAUGGAGAUCGCCGUGCCAAACUACAGUGGUCUGGCUCAGGCCCUGGAGGUGGAGCAGUGUCGCUGCCCGCCUGGAUACCAGGGACUCUCCUGCCAGGACUGUGCUCCUGGUUACACUCGUACUGGAGGCGGUUUAUACCUCGGCCACUGUGAGCUCUGCGAAUGCAACGGCCACUCUGACUCCUGCCACCCUGAGACUGGCAUCUGCACGAGCUGCCUGCACAACACUCAGGGAGAGCUCUGUGAGCAGUGCGCCCCCGGUUUCUUCGGCGACCCCACUGCUGGCACUCCUGAGGACUGCCAGCCCUGCGCCUGCCCUCACACUGACCCAGACAACCAGUUCUCUCCUACCUGUGAGAGCCUCGGUAAUGGAGGCUACCAGUGUACUGCCUGUCAGCCUGGAUACACUGGACAGUACUGUGAGCGUUGUGCUACUGGAUAUGUUGGAAAUCCACAGGAGAGAGUGAAGUGUCGUCCAUAUGAUGAUGCAGCCUCCCUGGUGGUGAAGGUUUAUCCGGAGAGGGUCCUGGCUCCUCGGGGUGGGCCUGUCACACUCCGGUGUCAGGUGUCUGGCUCCCCUCCUCACUAUUUCUACUGGUCCAGAGAGGAUGGACGUCCCAUCUCCGGCAGCGCUGACAGACGCAGACAAGGAGCAGAGCUGUACUUCCCCAGCGUCCAGCCCAGCGAUGCCGGCAUCUAUGUUUGUACCUGCACAGACCAGCGGAGCUCCAACAGGAGCCGUGCUGAAAUUGUUGUCACAAGUGCUGUUUCCAAACCCAUUGAGGUGACAGUGGAGGAGCCUAAAGCCCAGACAGUGAGGGUGGGAUCAACUGUCAACUUCAUCUGCACUGCAAAGAGCAAGUCUCCAGCCUACACCCUGGUCUGGACCAGAAAAGGCAACGGAAAGCUUCCCAACCGGGCCAUGGACUUCAACGGCAUCCUGACAAUUCAGAACGUCCAGCCGGAGGACGCCGGCAUCUAUGUCUGCACGGGCUCCAACAUGUUCGCCAUGGACGAGGGCAACGCCAUCCUCUAUGUGCCAGAGGCCUCACAGACUCAGAUGUUUUACACAGCGUAUGAAAUGUUUGAAGGACACAGAAAGCCUGCAGAGGGUGCCCAGCCUGUGGCCACCAUCACUCCCUCAGUGCUGAAUGUCCAGCAGGGUCAGCGAGCAGAGUUUCGCUGUACAGCGUCUGGAAAUCCAACCCCGGCCAUAGAAUGGAUCGGAAGUCCAGGGAACAGAAUGAGUCCCAGAGCUGUGAUCCGAGGUGGCGUUCUGAUCUUCACUUCAGUGGAUCCAGCUGAUGAGGGAGAGUACACCUGCAAGGCUCUGAACACUCACGGGGAGCACACAGCACGGGGCUCCCUCUAUAUCCAAAGGACUAACCCAAGUGGUUCAGGCACCAAGCCCCAAGUCCAAGUCAGCCCACAGAACAUUAAAGUCCAUGAAGGCGACACUUUGAGGUUGUACUGCCGAGCCACAGGAUCCCCAACCCCGAAACUCAACUGGAAGAGAAUCGGGGGGCAGAUCCCUCCACAGGCCAUUCCCUCUCACGGUUUCCAUCAGUUUAAAAGCAACAGUCUCGAUGUGUUACAGAGACGUAUUGAGGAGCUGCAGGCCCGUAUGGACCGCACUGACAUCGGUACUCUUCUCAUCCCCAACAUCAAAAUGUCUGAGUCCGGCACUUACAUGUGUGAGGGCAGCAACAGCAUCGGCUCAAGUAGCGCUCCCAUUGAAGUCACUGUAAUCAAAGCGGACCGCGUCACCUCAGCAGUCACCAUUCAGCCCUCCAUCGCUGACGUCCAGGAGGGCCAGAGUCUGGAGCUCAGCUGUUUUGCUCCUGGAAACCCUCCUCCUAAAGUCACCUGGACGAGAGCCAGUGGGCGUCUCUCCUCUAACCACCAGGUUCUGGGCAGUCAGCUACGUAUCCUGUCAGCUUCUCCAGAGGACUCAGGAGAGUAUAUCUGCCGGGUUCAGGGCAACUCUGGAAACCCAGGAUCUCAUGUCCACCAGGCCUCCGUCUCUGUGUCGGUCACCUCAUCUUCCUCACGUCUUCAGAGCCCAAUCAUCGCCGUGGAGCCCCACAGCGCUGCGGUGCGUGUGGGGGAGUCAGCCAGCUUCAGGUGCAGGGUGUACAGUGGAGCCCAGCCCGUCAGGCUGGAGUGGAAACUAGCCAACAACCAGCCGCUGCCAGAUAAUGUAAAAGUUGGCCCUGAUGGUUCUAUUAUCACCAUCAACAGCGUUCGCCCGAUGAAUCAUGGAGCCUACCGCUGUGUUGCCAGCAACCCAUUCGGCAUCACGCACACCAUCGUGUCUCUGAUUGUCAAAGAGUCUCCGGUGGCCACCGUCACCCCUCUUGGUCCAGUGCACAUCAGAGUGGGAGAACCCAUCAACCUUGAAUGUCAGGCGUCAGGAGAGCCCCGCCCCUCUGUGUCAUGGCACAGGCUGGACAGCAACCGCAAGACCAUGCUGAGCAGCCCGGUGCCCAUGGAGUCCAAUGCAGUCAUGCAGAUCCUUGUGGCCCGUCCUGAAGACAGCGGCACCUACGUCUGCACAGCUCGCAACAACGAGGGCAGCACAGAGACGAAGGUGGAGGUGGUGGUUGAAGGAGGCCCUCUGGUGCCCUCCGUACCCAGGGCCACUGUCCCUGAGCCAUUAAUGGUUAUAGUGGAGGGACAGACUGCAACGCUGCACUGUGACGCUCACGGUUUCCCAUCUCCAACAAUCACCUGGUCUAAGCUGCGGUCUCCUCUGCCCUGGAGACACAAAGUGGUCGACAACAGCCUGAUCUUGCCUAACGUGGGUCGCCAAGACUCUGGAGAAUACAUCUGCAGCGCCACCAACAACAUGGGCACCACUGAAGUCACCAUCAUGCUGGACGUAGAGACUCUCCCAUACGCCACUUCAUUGCCUGAUGAUGUGGCCAUCCGUGUCGGAGAGGUGAUCAGGUUGCAGUGCCUGGCUCAUGGCACUCCUCCUCUGACCUACACGUGGACCAAGCUGGACGGAAGCCUCCCCCCGAGGGCCGAGGUCAGCGGAGGAGACCUUCAGAUCAACCUGGCAACCGCUGAGGAUGCUGGGAGCUACAAAUGUGUGGCCAGCAACAAAGUGGGAAGCAGUGAAGUGAUCGCUAAAGUCACAGUCAGAUCCCCAUUGGCUGUGCGUGUCUCCCCACAGGUUGAAGUGAAGGCUCAGGGCAGUGCUGUGGAGUUCACCUGUUCAGCAGCAGGAGGAAUAGAAACCAAGAUCGAGUGGCUGAAAGAAGGAGGAGCUCUGCCACCAAACCACCACAUCAAGGAUGGCGUGCUCAGGAUAGAGAACCUGGAGCAGAGCAAUGAAGGCGUUUACAUCUGCAGAGCCAGUGGUGUCUACGGUCAAGCCCAGGACUCUGCCAGGUUAACCAUCCAAGCCCUUCCAAAGGUGAUGAUCAACGUCCGUACCUCAGUGCAGACUGUGAUGAUCGGGAACUCUGUGGAGUUUGAGUGCCAGGCUGUCGGCGACCCAGAGCCAACGGUCAAAUGGAGUAAAGUUGGUGGGUCUCUGCCCUCUCAUAUCAUGGUGAAAGGCGGCAUGCUGAGGAUCGAGCAGGUGACGGAGGCUGAUGCUGGGCAGUACCGCUGUACGGCCACCAAUGAUGUAGGAUCAGUGCAGUCCCAGGUCGUCCUCAACGUUCAGUCCCUGCCUCAGAUUGCUGCUCUGCCUGAAACUAAAGAGGUGACUGUUGGGUCUGAUGCUGUCCUGCCCUGUGUGGCUUCAGGAUACCCAGUACCUGAGAUCAAAUGGUCCAAGUUGAAUGGAGAGCUUCCUCCUAAGUGUUUCCAGGAAAUCAACGUGCUGACGGUUCCUAGGGUCACCCAUGACGAUUCUGGGACGUACGUCUGCACCGCCUCCAACAAACAAGGAAAAGUGGAAGCCUUUACUACACUUGAAGUCCACGAGAGAGUGAUGCCGUACUUUACCCAGGAACCCUUGUCCUACCUCACCCUGCCCACCAUCAAAAACGCCUACAAGUCUUUCAGUAUUAAGAUCAACUUCAGACCUGAUAAUGUUGAUGGUCUCAUAUUGUACGCUGGUAUGAUCCUCUACAACGGCCAGAGAAAAACCACCGGCGCUGAUUUCAUCUCUCUUGGACUUGUGGGUGGUCGUCUAGAGUUCAGGUUUGACGUCGGCUCCGGCAUGGCCACCAUACGUGACCCCAACCCCAUUAAACUGGGAGAGUUUCACACAGUUGAGCUUUCUCGCAACCACACCCUGGGGUACAUCAUCGUAGACGGAGGGGAGCCAAUCAGUGGAAGCUCACAGGGCAAGUUCCAGGGUCUGGAUCUAAAUGAGGAGCUGCAUGUGGGUGGUUACCCCAACUACACUAGCCUCUCCAAAACCGCCGGCAUCAAGACUGGGUUUGUCGGCUGUAUCCGUCAGCUGAUCAUCCAAGGAGAGGAAGUCAUCUUCAAAGACCUCGACCGCAGCUCUACUGGAGUCACAAACUGCCCCACCUGUAAAGAUCAGCCAUGCCAGAAUGGAGGCAGGUGUGAGGACUCAGAAGCUAGCUUGUAUAAGUGCAGCUGUCCCAGAGGGUUCACAGGCAGUAACUGUCAGCAUCACCCAUCCCUGCACUGUCAUUCAGAGGCCUGUGGACCGGAUGCCACUUGCAUCAACCGCCCGAACGGCCUGGGCUAUGACUGCCGCUGCCAUCUCGGCAAGUUUGGAAACAAAUGCAUGGAGGGGGAACUGGUGACUACUCCUCUGUUUGACGGUGAGGAGUCAUACAUCGCCUAUCCUCCCCUGACCAACAUCCACGAUGACCUGCGUGUGGAGCUGGAGUUCAAGCCCUUGGAAAGAGACGGCCUGAUGUUCUUCUGUGGAGGGAAGAAAAUGAAAGUGGAGGACUUUGUGGCCAUCUCCAUGGUGGACGGACACGUAGAGUUCAGAUAUGAACUAGGCACAGGUCAGGCCAUCCUCCGCAGUCCCGAGCCUGUCUCUCUUGGCCAGUGGCACAAAGUCAUGGCCGAGCGGAACAAGAGGGCCGGCCAUCUGAGGGUGGACCAGGGCCCAUUGGAGAGGAAGACUUCUCCAGGAAAAGCCCAGGGUCUGAAUAUCCACACCGCCAUGUACCUGGGAGGAGUUCCCAUCAUGGAAAUCCUACCUAAACCUGCAAAUGUCAGCAAAAUGUUUGAGGGCUGUAUAGGAGAGGUUUCCAUCAACAACAAGAAGGUGGAUCUGUCCUACAGCUUUACAGAGAGCAAAUCCAUCAGCAAAUGUGUGGACAACAGCCCCUGUGACCGCCGGCCCUGCCUGAAUGGGGGACACUGCAUGUCGAGUGUUGAAUAUGAAUUCCAGUGCCUCUGUAAGGAUGGAUUUGAUGGUGACCUGUGUGAGGUGGUGAAAGAUGUUUGCCAGAGCGACCUGCACUGCCAGCAUGGCGGCAGCUGUGUCGACGGCCAGUGUGUGUGCACACCCAACCACUCGGGCCUGAACUGUGAAGAAAGCCAGGUCUCCUCCACCCCCGCAGCCCUGAGGAAAUUGGAAGCUAGCGAAGCAAAUGACUCUCCAUAUCAGUAUGCAGCUCAUUUCGACAAUGACGGAUACAUUGCUCUUCCAAGAUCCAUCUUUCCAAGGAGUGCCCAUGACUCACCAGAGACCAUUGAACUGGAGAUCAACACUGGCUCCUCUGAGGGCCUGAUCUUGUGGCAGGGAGUGGAACUUGGAGAACACGGUAAAGGAAAGGACUUCAUUAGCCUCGGCUUACAGAAUGGACGUCUUGUUUUCAGCUACCAGUUGGGCAGCGGAGAAGCAGAAAUCUUGUCCAGGAAGUUCAUAAAUGAUGGAAGAUGGCACAAGAUCACAGCAGUCAGAACUGGAAAAGAUGGAUACAUCCAGGUGGAUGGAGGAGCUGCACUGCACGGACAGUCUAGAGGCAGAAGCCUGAUGGUCAACACCAAAGGAAGUAUAUACCUCGGUGGAGCCCCCGACAUGGUGGCCAUGACAGGAGGGAAGUUUUCAUCAGGAAUGACGGGCUGCAUCCGAAACCUGACGCUGAUGAACGCCCGGCCGGGACAGCAGCCGGCCCAGGCCAUCGACCUGCAAGCCCACGCAGCCUUAGGCAUCAACGUGCAGCCAUGCUCCUCAUAGAUCUCUGCACAAACACACCGACACAAAAAUCUCCACACAUACACAAACAGAGACUUUGGAGUGAUGUCACACUCACACAGAGACACACAAACAAAGAGGCUGACAUAAACUUGGUGCUUCGCUGCUACCAAAAAAAAACAACACAACAGGAUAUGUUUCUCUGUGUGCAGUAAAACCAAAAAAGAGAGAAAAAGAAAUGAUAUUAACAAGUCUUCUCUUCCUCAGUGUUGUAUUCUCAAUGAAGGACUAUUAACACAGGAGAUCCAGUACAGUUUACAUACUUCCAGCAGUAGUUUUAGCCAUGAGAAGAGUAAGAGUUAAACAUAUUAGGCCUUCUACGAUGGGUCAGAUCCUAUGGAGUUGGAGAUGUUUUUACAGCACUGAAUUUUUAUUUAUAUACAUAUGAAUAUAUAUAUAUUAUAUUUGUGGGGGAAAACAUGCAAACUAACCAUAACUGCUCUUCUACUUUCCUAGAGUUUAUUCUGGGUUCUAAUACUGUGUGUCCAGGGCUUUUUAUAGGCCUAACUGUAUUAAUACUUGAAAAUGUUAAGGCCUUCUUUCUUCACUUCUGUAGAGGAACCUUUUUUUUUUUUUUUUUAAAUUUUUUUUUAGAGCGCGAGCAUGCUUGUUUGUUAUUUGGGAGAGGCGCACAUAAGGUCACGGUCACACGCAGCUUCAAUUCACAACUCAGGUCAUCAAAUACAAAGCGAAUACCGCCAAAUGUUACACGUCUGGGCUUUAACUGAUUUUUUCAGCAAACACGGCGCUCUUCAUCUUCUUCGUCUGUUUUUUUUUUUUUUUUUUUUUUAAACGAUAAAGGAUGAAACUUUGGUGCUAAUGUCAGACAAGAAGAAACAGCACAAGGUCUGUCAUAUGUAGAGGUUUUUCUUCACCUAUCCACAUGUGUAUUGAUGCAUGGUAGUAGAGGUUGAUUUUAUAUGAUUGUAUGAUUUGCUGCCUCCACAGCCUUAUUUUAACUGAGUAGAUCUCAAAAAAAGGAGCUUCAAAGAGCAAAAAGGGUGUAUUUUUUCAUGUGUACUUGUUAAAUAUGUGUUUAAACUAUCUGCCAGUCAGGUAGAUGACUCCUUCAGAGAGAGUAUGUCUGUUUCUAGUUAGUUUUGUAUGUCUUAGCCCCUUUUAUUCAUCACAGAUCGCUCUAUUUUAAGGCGAAGGAUGGAGCUGAAGUGCUUGUAUGUAUGUGCCAUUUCCUCAUGAUGUUACUCACUAUCAGGUUUUGUAGCUUUAGCGAAGAUUCAAUAAGCUAUAAAACUCCGAAGGUUGAUUUCUCUGCAGUGUUUUGGACAGUGGAAGCCUCCUGCGGAUGCCGUGACCGGUCGUGUCGCUCUAUUAAAGCAUGCUCGCCCAUUCUUAGUCCACCGCAUCACCAAAAUCACAAAUGGCACGAUCACUUUGGGGUUCACAAAGCUUUUCUUUCAUAUUUUUCUAAGCUUAAAUAUGUGUAUUAAUAUCCUUAGAGUUGCUUCGUUUUAUUUAUUUUGUUUUUUCCCUCUUUUUUCAUCACUUUUGUUUCCAGGCUAGAGCAAUCACAACACGCUUGCUGUUCUUUACUCUGGUUAUUGUGUAUUGCCUCCCACAUCCCCCCUUUGUUUUCCCCUCAUGUUUGACUUAGGGUUCAUGAGAAAUUCCCCCAAAAUAAAGUUCCUUUAAAGGUUUGCAUGUAACUGACUGGAACUGUUUGGAAACUGGUCUUAUGGUUCACUCAUUGCAAAGUCUUAGGCUAAAAAUGUGACAUUAAUAUUAGCUGUGUAUAGAGAGCUGUCAUCAUGUCUGUGCAGAGAAGCAUCAACUGCUUUAGUCCAGGUUUAGGACACUGAAGCAGCAUGUCAGCGCCCCCUGCUGGGUGCAUUUCUGCUCUUGAACUGGAUUUGCAAGAAAACACUGUUCCCCAAUGUCAAGAAACUGCCACUGCUUUUUGAUUGUUUUACCAUUUCAAGAUAUGAGAAAGUGCACUUUUACUGAUGAUGUUUAUUUUGAGAGCUGUUUCACUUCUGACUGGCAGAAAAAAAUCUGAGCAAAAUUGUACCACAUGAAAUAUUGUCCAUGUCAGGACGUCCUGACAUUUGUUUCCACUGUUGAAAAGAUGCUCCCCUUUGCCCUUGGUGUUUCUUAAUUAAAAACAAAAUUCAUGUGCUA